AUGCGUAAAGUUGCUGUGUACGCGUGGUCUCAAACUGUGGGCAAAUACUUUUUGCACAGUCUUAAGGACUCUGCCUGGGGCUCUUGGUCUGGAAAGGGGCAGAGAAAAUGUCAAAGGGAUUGCCGCCUCCUUUCUUCAAAUGAGAUUGCUGACUACGGGGGACGUGCGCACAGCAGAACCUUGCUCAAAGCAAAUAUCCCAGGUACAGGAAAAGACGACGGAAAAAAGGAUGAAUCAUGGUUCUUGGAAGCAGAAAACAUGCUGUUUGAUUAUCACUGCUGGGAAUGCUGUGUAGUGAAACUGCGGCCGCUGAAGUGUGCGUGCACAUGGAAAUACGCUUUUGUCUGCACUCAUAAUCUGCUUACUUUGUUUCUAGGGCUCAUUGCAAUAAAAGAAGCCCAUGAUAUAGAAGCCAGACUUAAUGAAGUAGAAAAGCUUCUGAAGACUAUUAUAAACAUGCCCUGGAAGUAUUCAAGAUCUGAAGUCGUCCUCACGUUCUUUGAGAGAUCUCCUUUGGAUCAAGUUCUAAAAAAUGACAAUGUCCAUAAGAUUCAGCCAAGCUUUCAAAGUCCAGUUAAAAUAUCAGAAAUCAUGCGGUCAAACGGAUUUUGUUUAGCCAACACUGAAACAAUAGUCAUUGACCACAGUAUACCCAAUGGAAAAGAGAAGCACCUGGACGUAGAUUCAGCAGAACACUUGUUUGAAAGUGUUAGUGACUUUACCUCAGAGCUAGAAGACAGUGAUGAUCCAACAGCUUAUGUCACCAAUUUGACAUACUACCACCUGGUCCCAUUUGAGACUGAUAUUCUGGACUGAGGCUGCUCAGUGAUGCAGUCAGCCAGCAUCCAGCCGACCUCUUCGUCCACAGGCUCUGCUAUCUCUGGCAUUGCAUCUCUGUGAAUAAGGCUGUGCGGGCAAGACCAACAGCUGAGAAGUUGCAGCAAGUACGCCACGAAGCUGGUUUUGUAGUCUGGCCCUCUGUUCUGUGUUAUGGAGACAUCUUGUAAGGAGGUAGCUGCUUCGCUGUUGACAACAAACUCGUUUUCUGUGAAAGCAAGGCAGCCUCUUGGGGCUCGAGGAAAUCUCUGCUAUGUCUGUGGGAACUGCCACUCUGACACAGACAUCGGGAACUUGUACUGUAGUAUGCUGUCACCAACGCUCCUUGGCUUGCAGUGCAAGUUGAGGCUUCCUCUUUUAGGAUACCAUCAGAAACUUCCCCAGAUGGUGUGACCACACUUUUUACGCUAUGUAAGCAAGAAGGCAAACCAGCUGAAUUUUGUCAGUUCCUUCUGCGGUUGCUUAAUGGA